AGUGUCCUGGGGACUCUUGAAGUAAUACAGAUAACAUUUCCGGGGAUCAUACACGAACCACCGAGGCUUGUACCCCCUUAGGGGCCCCUUUCCGGACAGUUUGCUCAUGUAGCCGCACAGCUUGGAGGUCUGCUCCUUAGCCGACACCGCGUCGACCAUGUCGCCCGACUUGGAGGUAUCAUGUCGAGGAGUUGGGCCUGGGCUCGACUCGCCGUUGCCAUCCUCCUCUUCGUGCAUCUUUCCUGGAACUUUCUUUUUCGUGCAGCGUAGCGGAUACCCACUCCAGUUUCCAUCCACAUGACUGGUUGACUCUGGGGCAAAGCACCAUGGGAGAUGUCGUCUAUCGGAGAAUGCGGAAGUGGUGGUGGCAAGUGGUGCUGCUCACCACGAUUAGCCUAUUCGCGAAAUUGUUGUUACACAUAAUUUGAAAUUAUUACCGUACAAAUUCCUUACAUUGAAAAUAUUGUUGUGGUAACUCUUGAAACACAUUUUGUUCACAGUGUUACUUAUUAGAAACGGUCUCGACAACACACUAGAAGUGUGUCUCAAAUCGCGCACUUCCGUACGUAAACUUCAACACCGCGUACAGUGCGUACUUCCGAGUUCACGGAUUUUGACAGCGUUGUGCCAAAAUCGGUCAUUCUCGUUUUUAUAUAAUCUUAUUUGUAUUUAUCCGCUUUAUCAUCAUCAUCACCAUCUUCUUCAUCUUCUCUCUUUUUUAAUUUUCAAUUGCAAACCACCUUCCAUAAUGUAGUCAAAACGGUGAUGGAAACAAAAUCACAGGGACACAUUCAGGACCAACACGUGUUUGGAAACGUUUUGACAGAUGAGUAGUUUUUUUUAGAUAUAUUGCACUGUAUCAUAAUGAAAGUUGUUUCAAACUAGUAAAAGGUAAGCAAAUAUAACAUUGACAUGUCAGUCAUAACUAAGUCUUAUUGUCCUGUCUUAUUUUUCCUGUCUUGUAAACCCUGUACUACUCAGGUCAUGACAAACUCAAACCAGCCUUUCAGUUGACCCUGACCCUUAGAGGAACACACAGUGAGUCAUGUGUAAAACACAUGACAAUCAGAAGAUGUAAGAUCUCGUUAAUGGAGUAAGAUUUUGUUGUUUGUGGAAUAUAAUACAGUAACACACCUACAUGUGUACUGUAAAGAAUGACAGAUAGAACAUCUGCCCAUCAUUUCCAAAAUACAACUAUAGGAACACUGUUUUUGGACCACUUUCCAAGAUCCUACACACAUAAAAACGUUAUUGACAAUAACAUUCGCAUACAAGUAGUUCAAAAGGCAUUCAUCUGCACUCAAACUAAAUAUUUCCAUUCUUUCAGAGUUCAAAUAAUGAUGCAUGUUGCAACACUAAUCAGACAGCACUGAGGUCACACCUCUCCCCUCAUAAACCACAUCUUGCUUUCCAUUUCUCAUCAGGAUGUGGACUUUUUUUAUAGCUCAUGACUGUGAUGCAAAUAAGGGAUAGUUCUACAGAACUAUGUAAACUGGUGGAAAAUAUUUGUAACUGUAAAUGUCAACUGUCUGUUCCCGCAGUGUCACAUCACAUUCUUUUUCUGAUUAAAGACAGUUGAGAAGAGACGUUUGCUGAAAUGACAUCAGCUUCAAUCUCAGGGGAAGGAGUUGAAAAGAAGACAUCCAGACAGAAUAGUUUCCACUGCUUUCCAUGGUUCAAGGCUCUGAGAACCCGCUGGAGGGUUCGCUUCAUGGGUUCGGAGAUGAUGGAGCAGAGAGAACCUUCACCACGAGUUCGUUGGGACAGAAAACUCACAGAAUUAUCUUCAAAAUGGUUUAUCGAGACUCAAGUGGCACACAUUGCUCCAAAUGGCUUCUUCCCCGCUUGGUUUGUGGGUUUCGUCACACGAAAAGAUGCUGAAGAAAUGCUGAAAGAAAAAGACAACGGCAGUUUCCUAAUCCGUCUCAGUGAUAAAGCCAUUGGAUACAUAUUGUCUUACAGAGGCAGAGAUCGCUGUCGACACUUUGUGAUAAGCCAAAGUGAGUCAGGACACUUUGUUGUCAGUGGAGACAGUGGGGGACAUGACACAGUCUCUGAGCUAAUCCAGCAUUACAAGACCAGCCCCAUUGAGCCAUUUGGAGAGUACCUCACAUCUUCAUGCUUUGAGUUUGUGCAGACACCUACGGACAGGCUGUAUGAUGUGAUCCAGCAUGUGUCGCCUGCCACAGAGGAGAAAGCGCAUUGGAACUCUGAACUGCCACCUUUACCCCCAAACAGCAAAAGAACGCUUGAGGAAGUGGCACCAAUGCCAAGGAGAGGAAAAGAACAGGACAAAGGGCCGUAUGCUAAGAUCAAAAAUAUUCAACCAGCCAGAGCGCUUCAAAGCACCCAACAACACAUCCCUGGACCGAACACCAGAGGGGUAGAAGGGUGCCCCAGAAAGUGUCGUCCUGCAUCUGCACCAGACACUGUAUACUCUGUGCUCCACAGUUCUACUGAACUGCACACUAAUAGGGUCAGCCCCACCUCAAAACAACGAUUUUCUCCUAAAACCAUGAGGGUGGAGAAGACAGACCCAUGCAGAACACCCCCAAGAAGUCACAGCAGCCAACACCUGAGUGACGGUGCUGUUUACUUCCUUGCUGGGAGGCACGGUGGCCAUCACCCUGCACGCAUAGACACCACACCACACACACAACAUCGUCACUGUGACGCCAUUUACUCGCAUGAUGACACCUAUGAGAUCAUUCCGGGUUUCUAGGAGAAAACCAAAGCUCAGCUCAAUAGUAACACCUACGAGUCAGUGGAGGAGAUCAGAUAUUCACUUUGCAGUAAGUAGUGCACUUUAAUUAUUUUUUUUAAUUGAAAUUUUAAUUAAUAAUCACUUCUUUAAUCAUAACUGUUAACUGAAAGACACAUGUUUCUGCAGGAGACUAAUCAGUUAAUAAUUAUGAAGCAGUUUAAUCACUGUCAGUAGGAAGCUGUCAAAUGUUACAUGUAACGGUAGCAGAAAAUGCAUGGCAUUUAAAUAUUUUCUAACACAGAUUAUUUAAUAAAAUGUGAAUUAUGCAAGUCAUUUUUGAUCAAAUAUUCAUGAACAUAUGGGUUAUAUAUACUGGAUGUAUAUAUAUGCAUUACUACGGUAUAAUUGUAAACAUAUAUACAUAUUAUAAUUGCAAACACCAUUAUAUAAUGGAGUGCAGAAUAUAACAUUUAGAAUGCAUAUUAAUAUAUGUACCAUACAUUACCCAUUGUUAUAUUAUUAGUAAUAGUAUACCUAUGAAAUUUCACUGAUGUACGAACUUGCUUGUACUACGUACCAGUAUUGCAUUUUUACUUUCUUGCUUUUGUUGCAAUAUGAC